CUGGAUGAAGCAAAUGGAAGAUAUUUCUGAGAAUAAUUGGAAGACUAAAGUGAACGGGUGAUAAGGUUGCGGAUGAAAUGUCUGAAGUAUGCUACUUUAAAUUAGAGAACAGAGUAUUUAAGCUGAAGCAUUAACAUUUUUUCGCUGAAGGAAGGGACUCCUAAAGAAUGGCGAUUGCGGAGCGAAAAGAGAAUGGCGUGGAACCCAAGGAGUUUACAGAUAUCAUUGGAGGUCAUGGUCCUUGGCAGCUUGGCAUCUUUACGUUCUUUUUCUUUUGCUCCGCGCCUCACUGUAUGCACAACCUCAUCAUGACUUUCUUCGCUCCUAAUGUAGAACACUGGUGUGCAAGAUCCCCAGAGGCGCUUCUUGCGAACAUAUCUGUCGAGCAAUGGAAAAACGAGAGCGUUCCUAUGGUAAAUAAACGUGGAGGCGGCAUGGAACGUAGCAGUUGUACUGUAUACAAUGUGUCCUAUACAAAUGGUUCGUUCCUCUCACCAUUUCCACAAGAGAGUGACGCUAUAACUUGCAACACCUGGGAAUACGAUGUUUCUUUUUACAAAUCGACAAUGGUGGAUGAGUGGGAUCUCGUCUGUGAUCGUGAAUGGUUGGUGUCCGUUGCCAAAACAGUUUAUAUGAUAGGUUUCUUGGUGUCAGUUACAGUGUGCGGACAGAUGUCUGAUAAGUUUGGACGUCGUCCUGUGGUGAUCACAUGCCUCUGUGUGUUUCUUAUAGCUGCAUUACUGACAAUGCUUUCCACGAAUUUCUUAAUGUUUAUUGUUCUCCGUUUCUUUGUUGCUCUGGGGCUGACAUCAGUCUUCACAGUUUCAUACGUCAUACUUACUGAAGUAGUGGGUGCAGAAUAUAGGUCCGCUUAUUGCUUCACAUUUAAGUUUGGCUGGGUGUUCUCGUACAUGCUUCUACCAGGUAUAGCUUGGUUAAUUCCUAGUUGGUUCUGGCUACAAUGUGCCAUCACAGUUCCAUGGUUGAUACUUCUCUGUGUCUUCUGGGUUAUUCCCGAAACCCCGCGUUGGCUUUUGACGCAUGGGAAGUUUCAUAAGGCAGAGGAAAUAUUACUUGAAGCGGCCAGGAGGAACAAGAAGGACAUGAAGAAGACGAAAGCAGCUUUAGAACAAUUUUUAACUCGCCAGAUGAAGUUAGAAGAGAAAGGUAAUGAAAAUGUUUUUGAUCUGCUGAAGACUUCGGCUCUGAGAAGAACGACAUUCAACAUUUACUUUUGUUGGUUCAUUAUAUCUUACAUUUACUAUGCUCUUUCUUGGAAUACAAAUGACUUGGGAGGUGACCCGUACAUCACGUUCUUCAUUUCUGGAGCAGUGGAACUUCCAGCGACGAUCAUUUUCCUGUACAUCAGUAAAGCCAUUGGACAUCGAAUAGCUCUACUUUCCUCAAAUGUACUUGCAGGUCUAUGUCUGCUGCUCAUGAUUCCUAUACCUGCAGAUAUGACGUGGCUGUCAAUUACCUUCUCAAUGGCCGGCAAGUUCUUCAAUUCCGCUUCUUUUGAUAUUAUCUACAUCUACAGUGCCGAGGUCUUUCCUACUGUAGUCCGGAAUGUGGGUGUAGGAUCCAGUUCCACUUGGGCUCGAAUAGGAGCCCUAGUUGCUCCUUUCAUAGGACAGCUGGCGGAUGUCACCCAUCCUGUUGUACCCCUUGCAGUUCCUGGAGGUCUGUCGAUUAUUAGCGGUUUGCUGCUACUUUUGCUCCCCGAAACGAAAGGUAGAAAAAUUCCUGACACCUUGGAAGAGGGAGAAAUAUUUUCAAAGAGAAGAAAACCAUAUAAAGUGUUCGACAAAGGAUCCAACAAUGGUAUCAAAAUGGAAGAGCGGUAGAAGAUAGUUAGUUCACUAGACGAGCAGUUUGCUAGAAUAAAAGAUUAUGACGGCGUACUAUGGAAACGAGAGUAAUGGGGUCAUCAUAGGAACUAAUUAUUUUAAACUGUAAUUUAAAAUAAUUAGAUUUGUAGCUCUUUUAUGUCAUUAAUUAUUUAUAUUAAAGUUGUUAGUAUUAGAUUCCAGUGACACGCAAGAAUGAUUUCGUCAUCAUUGCAGUAAAAGAAAGGAAACCAGGUCUUUACAUUUGUUUUCUCAAAUGGGAUUCAGUCCAAGCAUUUCACACAAACUCUAAGAAACUACAUUUUAAGAAGUAGUUUUUCCUAUUGUGUUGAAUUAUUCAUGUGUUCUUUGAAGCACCUACAGAUAUUUAAUAUUUGCUUUAUUUGUCCAUUUGUUAAAAAUGUGGCACACAUGAAGCUGUAAACUAAUGCAUCUUUGGAAUUAUUUACUUUUUUAUGCUUUGAUGUGUUGUGCCUUUCACAGCAUUAUACUCGAUAUUUCAUUUUUUAUAUAAUUUUAAAUGUGAAUGUGAGAAGAUUUCUUGAAUAGAUAUAAGUAUAGUUCAGAAGCCUUCAUUAAAUAAUUAAUUAUUUAUGUUACAUGCUCGAUGUCUAAUGCAAUAAAGAUUUUUAUUUUCUGUUUA